UAAAUAAAGUGGUAGAAUUGUUCAAUGUGAGCAGUUGGUACGUGCAACGCUGGCCCACGCCAAACGAAUUAAGAAGAACGAGCCACACAAAUAGCCUUAAAAGUGCGGGUAUUAAUUUUUAUUAGAAAAUACUUACGAUGUCUCAAUUUUCUUCAGCAGAGCUAACGUUACCCGUAAAAAAAUAUGAAUAUUUGGACCAUACCGCAGAUGUCCAACUUCACAGUUGGGGCGAUAGCUUAAAAGAAGCAUUUGAGCAAUGUGGAAUUGCAAUGUUUGGGUAUAUGACGGAACUAGAUAGUGUUGAAAUCAAGGAGUGCUCAGAAAUUGUAGCAACAGGUCAUGAUUUGGAAAGCUUGUUGUUUCAUUUUCUAGAUGAGUUGUUGUUUUUGUUUAGCUGCGAACCAUUUCUAAUUUGUAGUAAAUUAACAAUUACAGAGUUCCUUACAGAAGGAGAAGAGUUAAUGAUUAAAUGCAAGUGUUAUGGGGAGGAGUUUACUUUAGGAAAACACCCACAGGGUACCGAAGUUAAGGCCAUUACUUAUUCAGCUAUGCAGAUUGUUAAUGAACCUGAGAAAAGCAGGUUUGAGGUAUUUGUUAUUAUUGACAUUUAGUAUUUCCUGUUUGCAUUUGGUGUAUAUAUUUUUAUUAUUAAUGUAAUUUUAUGUUAAAAAGGAGUCAUAGUAAAAUG